GCCCUCGUGGCGCGCUCGGGGGCGGCCCCCUCGCAGCGGGGCGGGGCGGGGCAGGCGGCGGCGAGGCCUGGAGCGCAGGGCGAGGGCGGCGGCGGCGCAGUCUGCACCAUGUCGUACCCGGGGCAUCCUGGCGCCGGCGGCGGGUACUACCCAGGCGGGUAUGGAGGGGCGCCUGGAGGGCCUGCGUUUCCCGGACAAACUCAAGAUCCGCUGUAUGGUUACUUUGCUGCUGUAGCUGGACAGGACGGCCAGAUAGAUGCUGAUGAAUUGCAGAGAUGUCUGACACAGUCAGGCAUUGCUGGAGGAUACAAACCUUUUAACCUGGAGACUUGUCGGCUUAUGGUUUCAAUGCUGGAUAGAGAUAUGUCUGGCACAAUGGGUUUCAAUGAAUUUAAAGAACUCUGGGCUGUACUGAAUGGCUGGAGACAACAUUUUAUCAGUUUUGACACUGAUAGGAGUGGCACAGUAGAUCCACAAGAAUUGCAGAAGGCCCUGACAACAAUGGGAUUUAGGUUGAGUCCCCAGGCCGUGAAUUCAAUUGCAAAACGGUACAGCACCAAUGGAAAGAUCACCUUCGAUGACUACAUUGCCUGCUGCGUCAAACUGAGGGCUCUUACAGACAGCUUUCGAAGACGAGAUACUGCUCAGCAAGGUGUUGUGAAUUUCCCAUAUGAUGAUUUCAUCCAGUGUGUCAUGAGUGUUUAAAUCAAGAGGAAGCUGAAUGAACAUAAAUUGACAUUCCAACUGGAGCUCUCCUUUGCUUGUCCUCUCUGCCUUCAGUAAUAUGUGUAAACUUACAUCACAACUUUUCAACAGCUGUUUUAAAGUUUAUUACUUUAUGUGUAACUGAAGUUUUAUUUUUAGUUUUGAUAAUAAAUUCUUUGGAACUUUAAUAAGAUCUAGUCUAUUACACCAUUUAGAACUUCCUUGAGCCACUGUCAGUCAUGCCUUAUUUUCUUGCUAAAAUCCUCUGUAAAUUUAAGUGUGCAAAAUGUUUAAAUCACAUGAUUUAUUUUUCAUUGAGAUACUAAAAACUGUUAAUCAGAGUACAGCUGCCAUCUUUCCUCUCUUAGAAAGACUCCACACAUAAAAUCUUAUAUAAAUGACACAGACUUAGUUGGGUGCAAAAAAACCAACAAAAAUGGUAGUCCAGUAAUCCAGGUCAGGAUUCACCUUAUUAGAAAUUUAGCACAGCCCCUUUAAAACCUAUGGAAUAAUUUAAUUGGCAAAUACUAUCUGUCACCAAGUCCCUUUUUGUCAUCAUCUAUUUAAACCUUUGUUAACUAUACUUAAAAAUCUUGUAUAUUAUAAGCUUAACUAUAUAAAAAGAAAAUUGAUAGAAAAAGACUAAGGGAAUAUAUGAAAACAUUAACAAUGCUUAUUUUUGGUUAAUGGAAUUCUUCUAGAUGACCUUAAUUUUCUUUAUAUAUUUCAGUAUUUUUCAGAUUUUCUAUAUCCUUUCCUUUUUAAAUCAGAUUUUAGUUUUUAAAAUGCUGAUACAUCCAUUUUGAUAAGCUAUGUGUUCACACUUUAAAAAAUAUACAUAGCAGAGUAUUGGAAAGCUGUCCCAAAACAUUGAUCUGGCUACCACUGGGAGUGAGGAUCAUGAGUUCAUCUUCUCCCUUCUUACUGUUUUUCCAAACAUUGUCCAAUAAGCAGGUACUACAUUUGUAAUGGAAGAAAUUUUUUUAAAAAAUUUAAGCUAUAUGCCUUCAAGUAAGAUCUGAAUUCUAAUGCUGGCUUGUGCCUCUUAUUAUGUGGUUUGAUCGUUAUAGAUAAUACCAAGUUUCAGUUUCCCCAUCUUUGAAAAGAAGAUAAUAUGUUAUCUCUUGCGGGUAGCUCUGAAUAUGGAGUAUGUUGAUACAAGAAGCACUAACAACUUUCUGUUUCUUAAAUUUAAAACUGGUCUGGUUUGCCUUUUUUUUUAUCAAGAGAGCUUAACAGAUAAAAAAUGAAAUUAGUCUAUUUUCUACUUGUCAGCAGAGUGUCUGUCUUAAUUUAGGAUGCAGUAUGAGAGUUACCAUUUAACUGAACAAUUAGUUGUCAACCAAUGAAAAUAAAACAUUUUCUUUAAGCA